UAGCAGCGACAUCACACACAAACACUGAAGAGGAAAAGAAAAGAGCGGGGGUUUCGUCGAAGCAUGCGCUGAAGUGUGCUUCCUUUAUUCCUUUAGUUUUGCGGUUGGCAUCACAAUGGGCCCGUCAGUAGAUGUGGAAAUGGACAACGAUUAUAACCCGAAGUAUUUCACUGACUACUUACCUGUGUACUAUAAAAGGUUGUUCCCUUCUAGUUUAUUUUACAAAUGGCUGACAUACGGAGGCGUUGACAAGACAAUCGGCACAAACAGGGAAAUAUCAUUCACACUGGAGGGGGAUGUCUACAUUAGGUUCCAGAGCUUCGCUGAACAAUCAGAAUUUGAGAAAGCGCUUCGUGAUAAAGUGCCACAUAAGAUUGACAUUGGUGCUGUGUACAACCUGGACCCACAAACACGCCGAAUGGAAGCCUCAUUCUCACCAAGAGAGAAAGAAUUGGUGUUUGACAUAGAUAUGUCAGACUACAAUGACGUGCGGACAUGCUGUGAAGGUGCUGAGAUAUGUCCUAACUGCUGGCCGUUUAUGACUAUUGCCAUGAAGAUUCUUGACCGCUCUUUGCGAGAGGAUUUUGGUUUCAAUCACAUCCUAUGGAUCUAUUCUGGGCGUCGUGGUGUGCAUUGCUGGGUGUGCGAUGAAAGCGUUCGCAAGUUGGGAACUGCAGCGCGAUCUGCUAUUGCCAAUUAUCUUUCAGUGGUCAAGUGUGGUUCACAAAAGACAAAACGUGUGUGCCUGUUCAAAAGCAUCCAUCCAAGCAUAAAGGCUGCACUGAAGAUAAUAGAAAGUAUGUUUCAUGACUUGAUGAUCGAGAAGCAGAAAACUUUGGAGAAUAACAAGUUUUGGCAAUCUGUUGUUGAACAGUGUUCAGAAAAAGCUACAAAAGAAGACAUUGAACAGCAUGUUCUCAAAGCACUUUCUGCUGAAGACCGUUGGAAUGCUUUCAAGAAUGUUGUUGAAAGAGCAAAACGCAAGAGCUGGAAAUGUACAUACUUGGUUGAAGAGGUGAUGCUGGAGCUUUGCUAUCCUCGGCUAGACAUUGCUGUCACAAAAGGGUUCAACCAUUUGCUCAAAGCACCAUUCUGUGUCCAUCCCAAGACUGGCCGGGUGUGCGUUCCUGUUGACAUCAACAAAGUGGACAGUUUUGAUCCCUUCAAGGUCCCAACAUUGUGUCGCUUAUGCAACGAAAUUGACAUUUAUGAUGCCCAGCACAAAGUUCCUGAGGACGAGAACAAAGUCGUCAGUAAUGAAUACAAAAAGACUGGCUUGGUUCCCAGUAUAAAUACAUUUAAAAAAUUUGUGGACGAUCUCAGUGUCGAAUGGAGGCAACAGCGACUGGAACUCAGUGAUAAAACCGGUAGCUUCUAAUGCAAGCAACAUUGCUGAUGUCUUGCUGCGAAUAAGUUUAUGCUGAUUAUAUCGCAGCACUUUUCUGCAAACAGUCACAAAAACAAACAACGAUGCCAGGGUUGCUACAACACUGUGCUCCCUCCCGCAAUCAGGCAGCACACACGUGCACUGCUAGCUUCUCAUACCUUUGAAACACAUCUGUAAAUAAAAUCACACCUUUGUUUUUGUGUGCCCCCUAAGGGAAAAAUAAAUCAGUUGUUUCUUA